CUUCUUGAAAUAAGUCAUUGUGCAAAUGACAAAGUCACUUUUCAGAAUAAGGAUUUUAGUUUUUAUCUCUCUCUCUCUGUCUCUCUCUCUCUUUACCUUUAAUAUUAAAGGGUAUAUUCACCAGCCCAUACUUAGAUGUUUUUGGGGAAGUACCAAAGGUACUCUGCUAGGGAUUUUUUUUCUUUUUUUUUUUGCAAGUGUAGUAAAAAUAAAAUCCAGCCAAUUGCAAGUGUUCUUGUAAUAAGAUGUAUUUCCAGAAGAUAAAAUUAGUAAAUUUAUCCUGGUAGAAUUGCAGUUUACAGUAAAACUUUGAUCAUGGACAACUUAAACAGCUUCACUGAUGAUGAAUUCAAAGACUCUAAAAUAUUCUCAUUUUCAGAGAAGAUGAAUUUUGGAUCAACUGGACUCACAUCAUUUGAAAUUAGUGAACCAAAGAAAGAGAAAAAGACUUGCAGAUGCUGUAUUUGGUCUGUACUCAUAAUAUAUUUGGUUAUGCUCACGGGAGGCAUGGGACUGCUGGCCUAUGAAGUCUAUAUGUUGCACAAAAUUAUAAAUAACAUGAAAGAAGGCAGACCAGCAAAACUAGUGAAUCAUCUUGCUAAUGGCACCAUGGAGAAUGAGAUCCUUUUUGGAGUCAAUGCUCAGAGUGAUCAAGGACACUGGAUCCACAGUUUUAAAAAAGAAAUUCAUGUAAUCAAACUGAGCAACCAACAUCUGCAAUGGGAAAUGGCGAACAUUACAGACCAAAUUAAAAGCAACAUGACUCAAGGAAUUACAGGACCUCCUGGUCCCAAAGGAGAAAGGGGAAUUCCAGGAAGACAAGGUGACCAAGGAGAUAAAGGUGAAAAAGGAGACGUUGGUUUAACAGGCAUCAAAGGAGACCCUGGAACAAACGGGAUAGGACUUUCUGGACCAAAAGGAGAACCUGGAGUUCCAGGAAUACAAGGAUAUCCUGGUUCCCCGGGAGAGAAAGGUGACAGAGGAGCCAUGGGACCAGAAGGGACAAAAGGACAGCAAGGUCUACCAGGUUUAUCUGGACUAAAUGGUGAAAAGGGAUCAAAAGGGAAUCUUGGGCCUGUCGGACCAAAGGGUGAACCAGGAAUGAAAGGAGACAUGGGAGAGAUGGGAUCACACGGCUUUCCAGGAUCAAAAGGAGAAGCUGGCGAAAGAGGAAUCACGGGCCCAAGAGGAAUAACUGGUGAUCCAGGAGAGAAGGGAGAGAAGGGAGACCAAGGCCAGCAAGGUCCACCAGGUCAUGACGGUUUUCGUGGACCACAAGGAAAUAAAGGUGCUGUUGGAGAUGUGGGUUCACCAGGAACUCGUGGUCCAAAGGGUGAACAAGGGGAGAAAGGAGCAGAAAGUCAAGUUCCAGGCCCGCAAGGACAAAAAGGUGAUCAGGGUCAAAAAGGUAAUAAGGGAGAUAAAGGAUCACCAGGAGCACAAGGUUCUAAAGGUGAAAGGGGCAUCUCAGGAUUCGGUGCUUUCCUAAGACUCAUAGGACAAGACAACCGUGGUCGUGUGGAGAUUCUGCAUAAAGGGGAGUGGGGCACCAUCUGUGAUGAUCUCUGGGAUGUGAAUUCUGGCAACGUGAUUUGCCGAAUGCUGGGGUUCAAUCGGGCUGUUAAUACCUUCACUGCACCUGCAGGAUCUGGACAAAUCUGGCUGGAUGAUGUACAAUGUUCAGGAAAUGAACCCUCCAUUUAUUUGUGUAGUAAACGUGAAUGGGGUGAAAACAACUGCGGUCAUGGUGAAGAUGCUGGGGUUGAGUGUGAAUAAGGCAGUUUUGCAGCACAAUCUGUAAAAUAAUAUUGAAAUAAGUGUCUCAGCCUUGUCGUGCAGUGUGAUCUUACUGAUCAGUUACCUAUUGCUUACUGUCUUCUGUUGUAUCAAUGUAUUUUUAGGUUCUUCUUUGAUUGAGAUCAAGUUUAAAGAUGUAUUUGAUGUAACUAGGCUCACAAGUACACUGAGGAAUGUUUUUUUUAUGUAAAAAUCCCAUAAAUUGCAUCUUUAUUCACCUGGAUGAAGGAUCUAUUGAUACAGUUGGACUUCCUAAUAAGAAGCAUUACCGUUACAUAAUCACUGUUAAAAGAAAGAGGGAGGAGUAUAUAUUGUGUGUGUAUGUGUGUUAUGUUUUGCUAUGUUUUGUUUAGUUUUGUUGGUUAAAAAUAAAAUAAAAAAACACACAAGGAAGAUACAUACCACAAAGCAAUGAAUAUCUGCCAAGUUAGAUUUCAUCUUCAAUAAAGUAAAAUGACUUUGCUAGGUUCUUCUGUAGAUAAAACAAUUGAACUUCACAUCAUUGUUUUAUAAAGCAGCCGGGAUUCCAGGAAACAUUCACAGCCUUGCUCACUGAAGUAGAACUUCACAAAAAAUGAUGACCAUGCUUCUUUAGCCUUUAUAUUACUUUCACCCUCUUCCAAGGGUGCUGUCAAUGCUGCAAAUAUUGUAUAUUCUUGCUUUUGACAAUAUGCAGAACUGUCUGAUAUUUAUGGGAUUAAUACAGAGCAGAAGGGGAGUAGGGGUAAAGCCCGGGAAAGAAAGAGGAAGAAAA